UUGAGAUGGCCAAGGAUACGAUCUUUCGUGUUUCCUACAUUCUCGCCGUCGUGUUUCUGUCGAUCAACAGCAUAGCAUGCAGCUCCCAGGAUGAUGACAGGAAGGUCUAUAUCGUGUACAUGGGUUCUCUUCCGACUGAAACAUCGGAAAUCUAUUCCCCAACUUCUCAUCACCUCAGUUUGUUGCAGGACGUAGUCGGAGAUGAGAGGUCCGCUUCGGUCUCAAUCGUCAGAAGUUACAAGAGGAGUUUUAAUGGUUUUGCUGCUAAGCUCACCAAACAAGAGGCAGAGAAGCUUGCCAAAAAGGACGGAGUACUCUCGGUGUUUCCUAGCCAAACUUAUCAUGUCCAGACCACGAAAUCAUGGGACUACAUCGGACUUCCAAACACAGUAAAACGGAAUCCCACUGUGGAGGGCAACACCAUUAUCGGAGUACUUGACUCCGGCGUUUAUCCUAAUUCGGAAUCAUUCAGUGACAAAGGCUUCGGCCCUCCUCCUUCAAAAUGGAAGGGCUCCUGCAAUGGUGGCACCAACUUCGCCUGCAACAACAAGCUCAUUGGAGCACGAUACUAUGUAUCUACGGAGGAUACCGCGGUCGAUGCUUCAGGCCAUGGGACCCAUACCGCCUCGACAGCUGCUGGCAAUGCAGUGGAAGGGGCCAGCUUCUUUGGGUUAGCUAAUGGAACAGCCCGAGGAGCCGUCCCAUCCUCUAGGAUCGCCAUCUACAGGGUAUGUGAUUCACAGGAUAUUUGUGCAGGAGCGGGAAUUUUAGCGGCCUUUGAUGAUGCGAUCGCAGAUGGUGUGGACAUCAUCACACUCUCUCUGGGAGGACGGCGUCCGACGUCUUUCGACGUAGACAGCAUCGCGAUAGGAUCCUUCCAUGCAAUGUCAAAUGGUAUACUGGUGACUCAAUCUGCAGGAAAUAGUGGGCCUAACCUGCAAACAGUGGCUAGCGUCGCCCCUUGGGUCCUCACUGUGGCAGCUAACACGAUUGACCGGAAGUUCAUCAGCAAGCUUGAACUCAACGACAGAACGGUUCUAACUGGAAUUGCAGUGAAUUCAUUUCCAUCCAGUCCGAGUAAUUCUGCUCUCGUGUUUGGGGACCAGGUUGCUAAAUCUUGCAAUGAAGGGUCAGCUAGGUUAUGCUUCGCACGCUGUUUAGAUAUGCAGAAAGUUUCCGGGAAAAUCUUGAUUUGCCAAAAUGGAGAUCGCUCUGUGGCUACCGCGGCUGCAGUUUUUAAUGCUAGUGGAGUCAUCCUGAUGCAAGAUUUUCCCGAUACUGCUUUUGUUUUCCCACUUCCCGCUGUGGCUCUAGAUAACACUGCGUUUGAAAAACUCAUGUCUUACUACAACUCCACGAGAAAUCCUCAAGGACGGAUACUGAAGGGCGAAACUGUUCCCGAUUCUGCUGCUCCUGUGACUGCUUCCUUCUCUUCACGUGGACCAAAUGCAGUUACUCCUGAUAUAAUGAAGCCUGAUGUAAGUGCCCCUGGUGUAGAUAUUUUGGCUGCAUAUCCUCCAGAUGUGCCACCGACGAAAGAAGGUGGGGAUGAUAGGCGUGUGAAGUUUAAUGUUAUUUCCGGCACCUCAAUGUCGUGUCCCCAUGUUGCUGGUGCAGCGGCAUACGUGAAAACAUUUCAUCCCGACUGGUCUCCCUCUGCCAUUAAGUCAGCUCUAAUGACAACAGCUUCCAAGAUACGCGAUAUUACUACAGAAGGAGAUCCUUCGGGAUUUGAAUUUUCUUAUGGUUCAGGACAAAUAAAUCCCAUUAAAGCUGCAGAUCCAGGCCUAGUUUAUGAAAUCACAAAGGAUGACUACGUAAACUUGCUCUGUAGCUUGGGCAUCAAUAUAAGAAGAAUAGAUGGCAACAGUACGUGCCCUAAGGGAGCCAAGAACAUCACAGAGGCAGAGCUCAAUUACCCCUCUCUAAUUUUUAAAGCUCCUGUCUCGAAGCCCUUCAAGUUGGUCCUCAGCAGGACCGUUACAAAUGUCGGUCCUCCAAACUCGACCUAUAAGGCCAAAGCGGUUAGUGCCUCCAAUGUCAACAUCACUGUGGUUCCUGAGAUCCUUUCGUUUAAAUCCAUACAUGAGAAGAAGUCUUUCACUGUCGAGAUUUCAGGCAGUGGGUUGAAAUCUGGGACACUGUUGUCUGAGGAGGUCCUUUGGUCUGACGGCAUACACAGUGUUAGGAGUCCGAUUAUUGUGCUUCCUAAUUAAUUUCUUUGUAUUUGGCAAUCUCAGUGAAUUCCAUUUAAAGCUGGAAGGCAAAUGUACUAAAGGUGGUCUCCUUAGUUACUUUGGCAUAAUAAUGAGAGGAAGAAGAAGCUGUAACA